AAAAAAGAAAGAAAGAAAAACAGUAGCGCUUAAGGGAGAUUAUCCAGUAUUGUUAUCGUAAUCUUCCUUUAGGGUUUAUUUGUUGUUGUGAAUACGAAUUGAAGUUGCAGUUAAAUUUUUUUGAAGACGAAGAAUUUGAGUAAACAUAUGGUGAAGAGUGUUUGGAGGCAAUCUUGAAAAGGCUUGAAUCAAAGGUUUCUAACCCCAAUUGUUUCAAAGAGAGUGCAUAGCUGCAUCUCGAAGAUAGACAAUCUUGGUAGGUUUUCUGACUUCCAGGAGAGAAGCAAAGAAGGAAGAGGGAAGAAGAUUUUAGCUUUGGUAAGGGACACUUACAGCCAUUUUUUCUGAAAGCAUGGAACAAUUGUCAAAAAUAACUGAAGAUAUCGAAAAUCUUCUGGAAAAAAUUGAGAAAAAGUCCUUACCUAAUGAACAAAUAAUUGAGAAACUGCGGCUUGUGGCACAUUCUCUUGAUAACUUGAAGAAGAAUGAGAAACAGAAAAAGGAAGAGGAAAAGGCUGAGAAAAAGGCUGAGAAGUAUGAAAAGGUUAUAGCCAAGAGAAUUAAGAAUGUAAGUGAUGAUUUGGACAAGAUUGACAAAUCAGAAAUUGAGCUGAGGAAAGAUACAAAUAAUUCAUUGGAUGAUAUAAGAUUGCGAAAUAUGAUGUUUCAAGGCUUCGUGUCUCUUUUAUUUGGUUUGCAAGCGGGUCUUAAUCCAGAAAGAUGGUGGACGUUAUUUUCGAUGGUAAUGUCUAUGGCCUUUAGCUCCAUAUGGAUUGUCCAAAAGGUUGGUUUUGAGUUAUGGAGCUUCAGAAAGAAAUUUAGAGAUCUUUACAAGAAACAGAACAAAAUAUAUUUAGAUGGAGAAGUUUUGAUUGUUGAUUGGAAAGUAUCUGAAGAGAAACAUAAGUUUUCAGCUGAGUUAAAAGAAGAUUUUUCAAAAUUUCACAAGUCCCUAACAUUGGAUAAAAAACGUGUUGGAAAUAUGGGAUGGACAUACUUGGGCAAUUUUAUCUUUUAUUCAGUGUUCUCUCUUACAGUACCGGUGUUGCUAUAUUUUGUUCUCAUGGCGAUAUCUGAGAGAGAUGCAGCUACUUCUACACAUCCCCCUUCUACUCCUUGAAGGUAUAGUAAUCGUGGACUUAAGUUGAUGCAAUGAUGCAACAUGCAACCAGGCAGCUAAGCAAGAUGAUUACUCACUAGCCUGUUGACAUUGUAGUUAGUCUGUUACAAGAAGACAUUGUUUUUUCUUUUUGCUGUUGACUGUUGUGUACUUUAGUUUGCAGACUGUUUGUGUGUUUGUAGUUUGUGCUUUCUUUUUCGUGUGUGAUGUGUGAGACUGAGAGACUGGGAGUAGUGUUUGUGUGGGUUUGUCUUUCAGUUUCACUGAACAUUUUGAAAAACAAAUAAACUCUGUUAAAUUUAAAUUUGAACUUCUUUUCCCAGAAACCGGAUUUUAUCGGGAAAAAGAA